GGGAUGCUAACAGAACUAACCUGGCAACCCCGGCUGCCGGUCUGUUGAGUAGUUACUGAGAGGAAGAUGGUGGACUUUGCAACAGCAACGUGCUCAAAACUCCGUCCCAAAUACUUUAGAAAAUACUUAAUAUCUCAACCUGGUAUUAGAUAUAGAUUACCUGGGGAUAAUCAUAGAUAAUACAUUGUGAAAACCGUUGAGGAAAGUGACUUUUUCGCCACCGGACAACUCUUUAUUCCAAGAUUCUAGAAAGCGGGGAGUUGCGGAACGAGGUGAUGGUCGGUGCUCGUUAAGGACGCUAGCCAAAGUGUGAACAAAAGUGUGAAAGAAGGUGUAAUUGUGGGAGCUUUUCACCCAGCUGUCGAGAUAAACCACGGAGACCAUCCAGCCCUCUGCUGUAGCUGCAUUCACACCAACUGUCAAAUCUGUGAGGAGCGGACUUGACAGUUGGACUGAAAGCAGGCUAACUUUAGCUAGCUAACCUCAGCUAGCUUUGUUUUGAACUGUGGAUCAAAGCGCUACUCAAAAUGCCACGGAGUAAAAAGGGGAAACGUGGCUCCAGCAAGCCGGGCUCUCUUCGUCAGGAGGUUCUUCAGCUGCACCUGUCGGCUAAAGCCUCGCUGAAAGGUAUUAAAAAUGGGGUGAAGGGAGAGUCGGGUGCCAGCGAUGAUGAGCUGACGUCUGAUGUUCUCAGCCACUACAGCAGUGCCAGCGAAAGCACCUCUGUGUUAGAAGAGGGCACAGGAGGGGAGCAGGUGGAUGAGCAGACUGCCCAGGAGGAAACAGAAGACAAACUCAAGCAGUGUAUAGACAACCUGAUGGAUAAGAGCACUAAGACUCGUCUAGCAGGUCUGGAGUCGUUGCGACAGGCCUUCUCCUCCAGAGUGCUAUUUGAGUUCCUGACAGAGAGACGCCUCACCGUCAGCGACUGCCUGGAAAGGAGCCUUAAAAAAGGCAGUGGGGAGGAGCAGGCAGCGGCAGCCACAGUCUUCGCCCUGCUCUGUAUUCAGUUGGGAGGUGGAGAUGAGGCAGAGGAGGGCUUCAAGAUGCUUCGUCCCAUCCUCACCGCCAUUCUGAUUGACAACAGUGCCAGCAUAGCAGCCCGCCAGAGUUGUGCCAGAGCUUUGGGGAUGUGCUGUUAUGUUUCUGCUGCUGAAGACGGAGAGGACUUGAUCAAGUCAUUGGCCCUUCUGGAGAGUGUGUUCAUGUCUUCAUACCCCAACAGAGAGGGAACACUGCCCACACCAAAACCCGGCAGUCCAGGCCUCCACAGCGCUGCCCUGCAGGCCUGGUCGCUGCUGGUCACCCUCUGUCCUGCAUCUAGACUGACUGUGCUGCUCGACCUUCACCUACCCAAACUCCAGGCUUGUCUUCAGAGCAGUGACGUCAAUUACAGGAUCGCAGUGGGAGAGACCAUCGCCCUGCUGGUGGAGCUGGGACGAGAUAUAGAAGAGGAAUUUGAGGUGGAGGACAGUGAAAGUCUGUGUGAAUGUCUGAAGAGUUUAGCCACAGACGGCAACAAGCACCGAGCCAAGAACGACAGGCGAAAACAACGCUCCAUCUUCAGAGAGGUGCUGCAUUACAUUGAGAAUGAGGACUUCACCGAGGAAAAGAUCAGGUUUGGAGUGGAGAGCGUUUACAUUGACAGCUGGAUGAGGAGAAGAAUCUACGAUGCCUUCAAAGAGAUUAUGGAGUCCGGAGUUAGACACCAUCUACAGUUCAACCCAUUACUGAGAGACAUCUUCGGCCUUGGCCCUCCCCUCAUCCUGGACGCUACUGUCAAAGGCAACAAGAUCUCUCGGUUUGAGAAGCAUCUUUUCAACUCAGCUGCCUUCAAGGCCAGGACUAAACAGAGGAACAAAGUCAGGGACAAACGGGCUGACGUCAUGUGAGAGAAAGACGAGGAUGGAGUGAAUGGAUGAGCAAGCAAGGAACUCCUGGGUCUAGAUUGAGAUGGAUACAAAAUGAUGCCUUCAAAGCUUCAGCUGUCAGACACACAAAGACUUAACAAACUCUUAUCAGGGCUUUUUCACUUGUGCUCUUCACCUGCAAAUUAAUUCUCCUGAUUCAAGAUGGUCAACAUUUAUUCUUAGCUCCCACAGGCAAAGGCGAUCUUGCUGAGGAACAAACAAACAAACAAAAUGGAGUGAAUUGCAACAAUUGCUCACAGAAGUUCCCAAAAACCAGUUCUGACGCUUCAAAGUGGAUAACAACUAUAAAACAAUGCUAAAUCUCUUUUAUGUGGGACUAAAACUACUUCAUUACACGGGAGAGUAAAUUUUCUGUGCAUAUAAGAAAUGUGAUCUUCAGAUAUCCAAAAGAUCUUUUAUUCAUUUUAUCAAUGAAAAUACAGAGAAAGUAAAGUAUUAAGUCUCAUUGUAAGAGUCAAACAUUUUUAAAGCUUUAUGGUACAUUUGAGAUCUGUGGAAGCCUUCCAUGUAACACUCACUGAAACCCUCUUUGGUGCUGAUGGGUAUUAUUGAUACUCAGCUCGAACUGCUGCCCUGUGGCUUGACAGGUCAGUUAAGUCUUUUUAAUCCAAAUUUCUGACUUCAGUUUCCACAUAAAAACCACUUUUCCUCGACAUAACCUGUCCUGGUUGAUCUCUGAAGGUUAAUAUUUGAGCAUCAACUUCUCAAAAUAAAAAGCAAAAGAGCCAUAGAAAUAUUCUGGAAAAACUCUCCUCUGGGCUAAUGAUUCCUUGAUAUUCCCUUAGUCGUCCUUUGUUUUUACACCAGAGUGGCUACUUCAGCUGCCAAACCAGAAACUGACUUUACAAGCAAUGCAACCUAAAAGAAAAUGUGUGGUGUUUGCGUGAGAGUGUGUUUUGUUUGAAUAUUAUUUAACAUCACGAAAUAAAACACUUACAAAAAAACAUAUAAACAAGAAGAUGCCUAAUUAAAAUAUGAAAUCAAAGAGUUAAUAUGAAAUCAAAGAGUUUAUAUUGUCAUCUUUGUAUUAAUAUUUUUUGAGAGAGAAAAAUACGUUUUAACCAUUUCUGGUGGAUAAUUGUAUUUUACUUUCUAAUUUAUUAAGAGCAGUACUGUGUGAUUUUUAAGAAAUUAAAACAUGCUAACUGUUUACAGACACAAUUAUGGGAUGACUGAUGAGAAGAAUUUAUAGGGUUUUUUUUCAUGUAUAUUUUUUAUGCGGGUUGGUGGGUCCUAAAAUCUAUCCAUGUGUAUGUAUUGCAGAUAGACUGUGCAUCGGGUUUUAAAGUAAGAUGUGUACUUGAAUCAUUAAAUGCAAUAGAUGAUGUUCUCUCUGACAAGCAGUAAAUGUAUUUACAGGCCACUAACCAGCUGCUAUCAGAAGAGUUUGGUGGUGAUAUUUGUAAUGGUGGUCAGGUUAGCAUCUAAAAUUCAGUGUGCUCCUGAUUGUGGCAGCAGUAUCAAAAAUGUUAGUGUUUUUGACUAUAUUCAAUUUAAAAAGCACACUUAACAGCUGCCUGAAAAUGUCAGUACCUUAGUGAAAACUUAAUCAGCUUUCACAAAGUUUCUGUUGUUGACCAGGUUUGACCCCCUGGAUGAAGUGCAGCAACAGGCGUCCCAUAUUACAGCCUCACCAAACUGUCUUUGUCAGUGGUUCUGUUGUUGCAGCACAUGGACAGAAGAUGGAUCAAAUGAAAUAAAGAUUAUUUGAGCACUU